AAUAAAAAGCAAAUAUUAGCACAUGAGGAGUCAGAGACGGAGUUUGGGUCCAGCAAGCAGUGUCAUCUGAGACAACUCCAACAACUGAAGAAAAAAUUGCUAGCCCUUCAGCAAGAACUGGAGUUUCGCACGGAGGAGUUGCAGACUUCCUAUUGUUCCCUCCUGCAAUAUCAAUCUAUCCUAGAGAAAGAGACUUGUGACCUGGUUCAACUUCAUCAUCACUGCAAACUGAAAGAAGAUGAGGUGAUUCUCUAUGAGGAGGAAAUGGGAAAUCACGAUGAAGAGAACACAGGGAAGAAGCUACGGAUAGCACACGAACAACUCACCUUGGCCGGGGACAAGAUUGCCUCCCUAGAAAGGAGCUUAAACCUCUACAAGGAUAAAUACCAGACUUCCCUGAGCAACAUUGAGUUACUAGAGUGUCAAGUGAAGAUGUUGGAAGGGGAGCUGAAUGGAAUCGUGGUUCAGGAUUCUGAAAACAAGGGUGAUCAUCCGAAUGUGCAAAUGUGCUCUGCUCCCUCCUCCGUGAGCCAGGACAACCAGGAGACCCUGAAACGGCUGUCGGAGGUCUGGCAAAAGGUGGCUGAGCAGGACGACCUCAUCCAAGACCUGCGCAAUAAGCUGGCCUGCAGUAAUGCUUUGGUUUUGGAGCGCGAAGAGUCUUUGAUAAAAUUACAGGCAGACUUUGUUUCCUAUCAAGCCACCCACAGACAUCCUCCUUGUUCUUCAGGAGACACUGAAGACGUGAAAAAGAUACUGAAGUACCUGCAGGAGCAAAAAGACAGCCAGUGCCUGCAGGUGGCGGAGUACCAGAACCUAGUGAAGGACCUGAAGAUGGAGCUGCACGUGGUGUCCGAACAGAAGAAGAACAUCAUGAAGGACAUGAUGAAGCUGGAGCUGGAACUGCACAUGCUGCGGGAGGAGAUGACUACCCAGCUAGAAAGAAAGGAGGAGGAGACCGCUGACCUGCAGCACCAGCUGCAGGAGAUGGAAUGGCAGUUCUGUGAGCUCCAAAAGUUUGCUUGUGAGAAAGACAAGGCCCUCCAGGAGAAAACGACCAUGCUGCAAAAGCUAGAAAGCGAGGCCGCCAAAACCCCUGAGAAUCGACAACCAGUAAUAGCAGAGCCCACAUCUAAUGGAGACAGUUGCGAGGCCCUGAGGACGCAGCUCCAGAAUCUGAAGACGAGUCUUGAAGAGACCAAACAGCAGAAGAAGCUAGCUGCCGAACAAGCAGCCCAAUAUAAAGAACAGGCCUCACAGACAGAGGCUCAGCUGGAGGAAACCCAGAUGAAACUUCAAAACUACAUUUCCCAGGAUAAGCAGAAGAACGAGACCAUCCAAGAACUACAGAGAAGCCUUCAGAAGCAGAAGGAGGAGCUCUCGAGGACUAAAGAACAACUAGCGUCCCACAGGAAACAAGUAGAUGAGCUGACCUCCGAACUCUCUGAGACCAAGAGGAUGCUUGACAUUGCAAACAAGGAAAAGAAUCGGCUUCAGAAUACAGUGAGAGAGCUGGAAAUGAACUUGAAUGACACCCAAGAGCGUCUGAAACAGAUUGAACACCAGAUGAAAGAGCAAACCGCCAUCAAGGACAAUCUAGAAGACGAACUUGAAGAGCUCAAAAGGCUGCUGGAGGAGAAACGGGAACAACUGAAAAAGAGCAAAGAGCAGGAGAAAGCGCUAGAGCAAGAACUGGAGUCAAUCCGGCAGGAAGGGAGGAAGAAAGAGAAGACGUAUAAAGAGAAUUUGAGAAAGCUGGAGGAGGACAAUGAGAAUCUCCGAGCAGACCUGCUGCGUUAUUCUACACAACUCGAUGCCACUGUUACCAAGUACAACAGCGCCCAGCAGACGAUCCAGGAGCUGAACAAAGAGAUAGCCCAGCAAAAAGAGCUCAUCACGGACUUAAAAGCCAAGCUGGACAAGGCUAUCCAGAAGGAGAAGGAGGCUAUCCAGAACAUGGUCAGUAAGGAUGCCUACGAGGAGUUAGCCCGGAGGGCAACCACCUGCCAAGAGGACCUGACUCGUGCCCUGGAGAAGCUCAAUCACACGGCCGCAGAGACAAAGGAUCUGCACCGAAGCCUGAUGCAGACCCAGGAGAGGAAAACUCAGCUGGAGGAAGAAAUCACUGCUUACGAGGAGAGGAUGAGGAAGCUCAAUCUGGAAUUAAAAAAGCUCCAGGGCUUCCAUCAGCAGAGCGAGCUGGAGGUGCAUGUCUUCGACAAAAAACUGGAGGAAAUGACCAGCCAGGUGCUGCAGUGGCAGAGGCAGCACAAGAGCGACCUCAAGAUGCUGGCCGCCAAAGAGGAGCAGCUCAUGGGCUUCCAGGUAGAAAUGGCUGCUCUGAAAAAGAAGUUCCUAGAUGAUGAGAAGCCCUGCUGCAUACCCCAAGCGGAAGUCCUUCGGUCCACCCAGCGCUCUGUGCCCAAAGAAAACUGUCGGCUCCACCGAGAGAAUGACCAGAUCAUGGCCAACAUGGAGCAGUGGGCCAAAGAGCAGAAGAUCGCCAAUGAGAAACUAGGAAGCAAGCUCCGAGAGCAAGUCAAAUACAUCGCCAAACUGACCGGUGAAAAAGAUCACCUCCACAACGUCAUGGUGCAUCUGCAGCAGGAGAACAAGAAGCUGAAGAAUGAAAUAGAGGAGAAGAAACUGAAUGUGGGGCAGCCGAAACUGUACACCAAACCCCUCAACUUCCUGAGCAGAAUGGAGCCAAGGGAGCGGAAAGUGUGCGGGGCGAUGGGCUGGAGGGGGAUGCCCCAGGACUUGAGCCAAAAAGUGGACAACAAGUUAGUGGGGAUGCCCCACUACUCAGGUUCCUCGUUUUCCUAGAAGCGCAGCUUUGCUCUGAGCAUCAUUCCCAGGAAUGUUUUCCGGAGGACAAGGGAGUUCCCAUCUCUCUCUUAACCUGGCCCAGCUCUUACUGGAACUUGUCAGGGCCCCAGCGUACCUUGCAAGAUGCGAACACUUUGUUGAGAUUUGCCCACUUCCCGCCAUGUAGUACGCCUCGGAAC